AUGGGUUGGAAGCAGGUGGAAGGGUUUUCGGAUUUCUUUGUCUUAUGCAACAAUGUGCAAAUGGUUGGUUUUAGGAAACGGUUAUGGUUGAUUGCUAUUGCAGCAGCUUGCUGGACAAUCUGGUUUGCAAGAAAUGGAUUGAUAUUUGAUAAUCGGAGAGUAUGCAUGGAAAACUUGAUGUUCCUAACUAAAAUGAGAGCUUUGUUGUGGAUCAGAUCCAUCCAUGAUGAAAUUAUGUUAAAGGAGGAUAUUUGGUGGAUUUCUCCGCUCAGGUGUCGGUUGGAAUCAGCAAAAUCCAAUUUCGCAGUCUUCUGUAGGAGGUCCCCUCCAGUUGGAAAGUUAAAAUUCAUCGUCAAUGGGGUUGAGUUUAAAGAGAAAGCAGGGUAUGGAGGAAUAUUGAGAGAUAUGGAGGGGUCGGCUAGAGCAUUAUUCUCGGGCGCUGUCGUUACAAAUAUUGCAGAGGAGGCAGAGAUUGGGGUAGUAAAGAUCGCUUUAGAUGUCUUUGUUGCUGUGAACUGGAAGCCAAAAGAGUCACUAUUUAUUGAAGUUGGUUCGGUGGUGGCUUUUGCGUGGUGUGUUAACAAGGCGCUGAGGCCUUUGUCACUUUUGCCAUUUUUUGCAGAAAUUGAGUCAGCAAUUUUGAAGGUGGGUAAUGUUGUUUUCUCUCUGGUAGAUCGGAUAGGUAAUGUUUUGGCAUCAUCUUUGGCGAUGGCUGGUGUUAAUCGGCAGCAAAUGUUUAAAGCUUGGUGGUGA